CCGGACGCCGGCUGCGCGAAUACAGUUAUGGCCACCCAGGUAAUGGGGCAGUCUUCUGGAGGAGGAGGGCUGUUCACUGGCAGUAGCAACAUUGGCAUGGCCUUGCCCAACGACAUGUAUGACUUGCAUGACCUCUCCAAAGCUGAACUGGCUGCACCUCAGCUUAUCAUGCUGGCAAAUGUGGCCUUAACUGGAGAAGUAAAUGGCAGCUGCUGUGAUUACCUCGUUGGUGAAGAAAGACAGAUGGCAGAAUUGAUGCCUGUUGGAGAUAACAAUUUUUCAGAUAGUGAUGGAGAAGGACUUGAGGAGUCUCCUGAAAUAAAAGGUGAACCUACUGGCCUGGAAAACGUGGAACUGAGAAGUUUGGAACUUAGUGUUGUAGAACCACAGCCUGUAUUUGAGACAUCAGCUACCCCAGAAAUUUACAGCUCAAAUAAAGAUCUUCCUCCCGAAACACCUGGAGCAGAGGACAAAGGCAAGACCUUGAAGACAAAACCCUUUCGCUGUAAGCCAUGCCAAUACGAAGCUGAAUCUGAAGAACAGUUUGUGCAUCACAUCAGAGUUCACAGUGCCAAGAAAUUUUUUGUGGAAGAAAGUGCAGAGAAGCAAGCAAAGGCCAGGGAAUCUGGCUCUUCCACUGCAGAAGAGGGAGAUUUCUCCAAGGGCCCCAUUCGUUGUGAUCGCUGUGGCUACAAUACCAAUCGAUAUGAUCACUAUACUGCACACCUGAAACACCACACCAGAGCUGGGGAUAAUGAGCGAGUCUACAAGUGCAUCAUUUGCACAUACACAACAGUAAGCGAGUAUCACUGGAGGAAACACUUGAGAAACCAUUUUCCAAGGAAAGUAUACACAUGCGGAAAAUGCAACUAUUUUUCAGACAGAAAAAACAAUUAUGUUCAGCAUGUUCGAACUCAUACAGGAGAACGCCCAUAUAAAUGUGAACUUUGUCCUUACUCAAGUUCUCAGAAGACUCAUCUAACUAGACAUAUGCGUACUCACUCAGGUGAGAAGCCAUUUAAGUGUGAUCAGUGCAGUUAUGUGGCCUCUAAUCAACAUGAAGUAACUCGCCAUGCAAGACAGGUUCACAAUGGGCCUAAACCUCUUAAUUGCCCACACUGUGACUACAAAACAGCAGAUAGAAGUAAUUUCAAAAAACAUGUAGAGCUACAUGUUAACCCACGGCAGUUUAAUUGCCCUGUAUGCGACUAUGCAGCUUCCAAGAAGUGUAAUCUACAGUAUCAUUUCAAAUCCAAGCAUCCUACUUGUCCUAAUAAAACAAUGGAUGUCUCAAAAGUAAAACUAAAGAAAACCAAAAAGCGAGAGGCUGACUUGCCUGAUCACAAUAUUACCAAUGAAAAAACAGAAACAGAGCAGACAAAAAUAAAGGGGGAUGUGGCUGGAAAGAAAAAUGAGAAGUCUGUAAAAGCAGAGAAAAGAGAAAAUGUUUCAAAAGAGAAAAAGCCUUGUAGUAACGUCUCAACGAUCCAAGUGACUACCAGAACUCGCAAAUCAGCAACAGAGACUAAAGAAAUGGAUGUAUAUACAGGAAAUAGUUCAGAAAAAUCCUGUAAAACCAAGAAAAGCAAAAGGAAGAUGGAAGCUGAAACCCAUUCCUUACAUGAUCCUGUGAAUGUUGAGGAACCUGUAACAAAAAAGAAAAAGAAGGUAGAAAACAAAUCCAAAAAGAGUCAGGAAUUGCCAAAGGGUGACAGCAAAGUGGAAGAGAAUAAAAAGCAAAAUACCUGCAUGAAAAAAAGUACAAAGAAGAAACCUCUGAAAAAUAAAUCAAGUAAAAAAAGCAGCAAGCCUGCUCAGAGGGGGCCAGCUCAGAAGGAGCCUGCUCAGAAGGGGGCUGCUCAGAAGGGACCUGCUCAGAAGGAGCCUGUUCAGGUGGAGCCUCCUCCCGUGGAGCCUGUCCCCAUGGAGGCUGAUCAGAAAGGGCCUGCUCAAAUGGAGCUGCCCCUUCCCAUGGAACUUGCUCCCAUGGAGGUUGUUCAGAAGGGGGCUGCUCAAAUGGAGCUUCCUCUUCCCAUGGAGCCUGCUCCUAUUGAGGUUGUUCAGAAGGAGCCUGCUCAGACGGAGCUUCCUCUUCCCAUGGAGCCUGCUCCCAUUGAGGUUGUUCAGAAGGAGCCUGCUCAGAUGGAACUGCUGCCUCCCAUGGAGGUUGCUCAGAUGGCGCCUGCUCAGAUGGAGCCUGUUCAGAUAAAAGUUGCUCAGAAGGAACCUGUUCAGACGGAGGUUGUUCAGAUGGAGGAUGUUCACAAGGAGCCCCCUCCUCCCAUACAGCCUCCUCUUCACAUGGAGCCAAUUCCCAGAAAGUCUCCUUCCCGAAAAGAUAAUAAAAAGGAAAAAUCCGACGUGCAGAGUGAAAUGGCACAGAAAGAGCAGGUCCUUAUCGAAGUUGGUUUAGUGCCUGUUAAAGAUAGCCAGCUUCUAAAGGAAAUUGCAAACUCACAGGAUCUCUUACCACCAUCACCACUGUUACCAAAGGAAGACUUAAAAGAAGAGGUGCCAAAAGACCAAGAGAGCGAAGGAAAUAAAGAAGCCCUUUUUCAGAAAGUAGAAGCAGAAGAGGCAGGUAAGAGACUAGCUGGUCUUGCUGCUGGUAUCAAGGAAUCUACCCGUGUUUCAUCCUUUGGAGAAAACUUGAAUAUGGCAGAGAGUGAAACUUUAGAUGGUAAACAUCAGACUGACGCUGUGCUUUGUGAAAUGGAAGCGGACACUGAUCAGAACACAACAGAGAAUCUCCCUGGUAAAAACUCAGCAGUUAAAGAACGAGUUUCACCAUUGCUUCUUCCCCCACCAAUAGAAGAAGAGGAAGCAGGGUCCAAAACUGUUCUGGUGUCGCCUCCUGUUAGCAUAGCAGAAAAUGAGUCUCAGGAAAUUGAUGAAGAUGAAGGCAUCCACAGUCAUGAUGGAAGCGACCUUAGUGACAACAUGUCAGAGGGUAGUGAUGAUUCUGGAUUGCAUGGGGCUCGGCCAGUUCCACAAGAAACUAAUAGAAAAAAUGCAAAGGAAGCCUUAGCAGUCAAAGUGGUGGAUGGAGAUUUUGUUUGUAUCUUUUGUGAUCGUUCUUUUAGAAAGGAAAAAGAUUACAGCAAACACCUCAACCGCCAUUUGGUUAAUGUGUACUUCCUUGAAAAAGCAGCUAAAGGGCAGGAGUAAUUAAACUUCGGACAUGGUUUCA